AUGCAUACUUUAAAUAUGUUGUGGUGCGCUCAUAAUGAAGAAGUGUGGCUUAGGCGCCAAAAAAGAGUCUUAAAUCGUCAGUGCAUGGAGACAAUACGCGAAAUGCCAGAAACGUUAUUUGUGCAGCAAUUUCGGCUAGACAAAACGACUUUUCAAGCCCUUUGUCAAGAACUCCAACAAAACACUUCUUUAAAAGGAACCAAGGAGAUUCCCCUAGAAGUUAAGGUGUUAUGCGCUCUUAGUUUCCUAGCCACAGGAUCCUACCAGCGAAUUGUUGGCGUCACUCACCAUCUUGCCCAACGCACAGCUAGUUGGUGCAUCAGACAAGUUGUUGAUGCUUUGAACCACCCAGCUGUCAUGGCAAAAUGGAUUGUGUUUCCGAAAACACGACAAGAUAGAGCGUUAAUAAAACAAGAGUUCCAAAGAAGAUUUGGCCUGCCUGGUGUAAUUGGGUGCAUUGAUUGUACCCACGUAGCUUUAGUAAAGCCCAAUGAUGAAGAGUAUCUUUUUUAUAAUAGAAAAGGGUAUCAUUCAUUAAACGUUCAAAUGGUAGAUAUUAUAUUUAUAUAUUCUGGUUGGUAUGUUAUAGCUAGAUAA